AUGGCGAACAACGUCUUUGCAGUGACCGUCUUCUUCAUCUGCUUCCGAGAAUGUCUCGAAAGCAGCAUCAUCGUCUCCGUGCUCCUGGCCUUCCUCACCCAGACCCUGGGUGCUGAAGGAGACAAAGCCGCCCUUAAACGUCUACGCAUACAGGUCUGGUGGGGUGUACUGCUCGGUCUCUUCCUGUGUCUGUGCAUCGGUGCUGGCAUGAUUGGUGCCUUCUACGGCCUCGAGAAAGACACCUUCACCAACACGGAGGACAUCUGGGAAGGUGUCUUUGGACUCAUUGCGGCAAUCAUCAUCUCCAUCAUGGGCGCUGGCUUGCUGCGUGUCAACAAGAUGCGCGAGAAGUGGCGAGUCAAGCUCUCCAGGGCACUGGAGAAGAAGGAGAGAAGCGCGACCUUUAUGGGAAGGCUCAAGCACUGGAGCGAGAAGUAUGUCAUGUUCAUCCUGCCGUUCAUCACUGUGCUCCGUGAGGGUCUGGAAGCUGUGGUGUAUAUUGGCGGCGUUGGGCUUGGACUGCCGGCGAGUUCGUUUCCUCUGGCCAUCUUCUGCGGUCUGCUCGCUGGAUGUGCGGUCGGUUAUGCCUUGUACAAGGGUGGAAGCUCGGCUCAGCUGCAAUACUUCCUGAUCAUCUCCACCUGCUUCCUCUACCUCGUCGCGGCCGGUCUGUUCUCCCGAGCUGUGGGCUACUUUGAGGCCAACACCUGGAACCACAUCAUCGGAGGAGAUGCGUCCGAGACCGGUUCCGGCCCUGGAUCGUACGAUAUCCGACAGAGCGUGUGGCACGUCAACUGCUGCAACCCCGAGCUGAACGGUGGUGGCGGAUGGGGUAUCUUCAAUGCCUUGUUCGGAUGGACCAACUCGGCCACCUACGGCUCGGUCAUCUCAUACAAUCUGUACUGGAUUGUCAUCAUUCUGAGCUACCUGGCAAUGCGGUUCCAGGAGCGGAAUGGAUAUAUCCCCGUGCUGACCAAGGUCGGAAAGGCGCUGAAGCUGGACAAGUUGAAGAAGAAGGAAGACCGAGGUGCCGGUGGUAUGGAGACGGUCGAGACCAGGAAGGAGGUCAAUGAUGCGCCGGUUCAGGUCAUUACCAGGACGUUGAGUGAGGCGUAG